CCGGCAGCGGAGCGGGGCUGGAGCCCGAGCCCGGCGGAGGGAUGGGACAGCGGCGGGGCCCGGCCGUGCUGCUCCUCGCUCUGGGGCACCUGGCCGGGCUGCUGGCAGCGGGACCCGCUUGCGCCGACGCUUACCGCGGCCUCUCGGACUGCGUCCUCAAGCUGGGGGACAGCAUGGCCACGUACGAGGAGGAGGAGGGCAUCGAGCUGCAGGGGCUGCACCGAGUCUGCAGGUAUUGGGAUGAAUUCCACACUUGUACCCUGACAGUGCUCUGGGAAUGCCAGAAGGAAGCAGCAGCUGUCUGGGAGAUGCUGAGAAGGGAGUCCCAAAAAAACAAAUUUCAAGGCAGCUUGUUCCACCUCUGCAGCCCCAGCAUGGCCCAAAGCUCUGCCUGGACCCGCGUUCCCAACAUUUCCAUCCUCAGCAUGCCCCUCAUCGUCACUUGGCUGAACUUAUAAACUGCAGCUCUGUGAGUAUCCCAACAAAAGUGGUGGCAAUGUGUGGUGUGGCACCUUUCAGAUCUAUUUUCCAAACCUUUGAGGAAUACACUGCGUGGAGCUCAGAAACUCCUGGCUCCAUCCUGCGCCUGUGAGACAUGGAAAAGCUUGGCAGCAUCUCCAGGGUGUUGAAAUUUCUCUGUAAUUUGGAAUAACUCCUCUCCCACUUCUGCCUCAAGGCACGGGCACAGAUCUGGCUGUCAGGAGAUUUGGGAACUUGUAAAUACAGGGCACAGGACCUGGCUGUCAGGAGAUUUGGGAACUUGUAAAUACAGGGCACAGGACUUGGGGAGAAAUGAUAAAUUCUGGAAAAAGGAUGAAUGCUGGAUACUUCUGCACUCUUCUGUGGCAACUGAAAGGAAAUCUGUUUAUUUUGCUGACUCUUUCCACCAGAUAAACUCUCCAGGGUUUUGAUUUGGGCACUCAAAAAAUGGGUAUUUUCCCCACUGCUCCAUGAGGUACAGGGGAUGGUGUCUGUCCUGUACUGGCCUUCCUUCUUUGAGGACAAGGUAAAACCCCUGCUGAACAAUAAUCACAGUUGCAUGACUUCUCUUGCACACAUCUGAAUUCCUGAGUAACUUCUGUGUUAUGUGUAAAUCCCUGUUCUGUGGACAGAGGUGAAAAAUACUUGGGGGGAGUAUCAAGCUAGGAGGACAAAAGGGAUUUAUAGCAACUCUUCUGCUUUAAAGCUUUCCCCAAGGUACCUGUAAGCAGCUGUGGGUAGAAGUGUGUAAUUCCAGAGUAUUAAAGUUUGUUGUAGAGCCAA